UUUUUUCUUAUUUCCAAUUUCAAGAUAUUAAUAAAUAAAUAAAUCAUCGAUCCAACGGUCCAUAUUCAAUCUCCAAAACGACCCCUCCCACGCUUCUCAAAACGCAAUUAUCGGACGCAAUAGCCUCAAAACCACCCUUUACCCUUUCCCUUUCGUCCUUCUCCGUCUCCCCUCAUUUGCUCACUUUCUCUCUCUAACCAGAUCUCGCACUCGCGCUUUAACUCUCUAGGAUUCGACGACAAUGGCGGCCGCUCCCUCGCCUCGCGAAGAGAACGUCUACAUGGCGAAGCUCGCCGAGCAGGCCGAGCGCUACGAAGAGAUGGUGGAGUUCAUGGAGAAGGUCUCCGCCGCCGCCGACAACGAGGAACUUACCGUGGAGGAGAGGAACCUCCUCUCCGUCGCCUACAAGAACGUGAUCGGAGCGCGCCGCGCCUCGUGGCGCAUCAUCUCCUCGAUCGAGCAGAAGGAGGAGAGCCGCGGCAACGAGGAUCACGUCUCCGUCAUCCGCGACUACCGAUCCAAGAUCGAGUCCGAGCUCUCCAACAUCUGCGACGGUAUCCUCAAGCUCCUCGACUCUCGCCUCAUUCCAUCCGCUUCCUCCGGCGAUUCCAAGGUCUUCUACCUCAAGAUGAAGGGAGAUUACCACAGAUACCUUGCCGAGUUCAAGACCGGCGCCGAGCGUAAGGAGGCUGCCGAGAGCACUCUCUCUGCAUACAAAGCCGCACAGGACAUUGCGAAUGCCGAACUGCCUCCUACUCAUCCAAUUAGGCUUGGCCUUGCUCUUAACUUUUCUGUAUUUUACUACGAAAUCCUUAAUUCUCCGGAUCGUGCCUGCAACCUUGCAAAACAGGCUUUUGAUGAAGCUAUUGCUGAAUUGGAUACACUGGGAGAGGAGUCAUACAAGGAUAGCACUUUGAUCAUGCAACUCCUUCGUGAUAACCUCACACUUUGGACCUCUGACAUGCAGGACGAUGGAGCAGAUGAAAUUAAAGAAGCAGCACCGAAACCGGAUGACCAGUAAAAAUAUUUUACUGCUAAUUAGAAUUGAACUUCUCCUCCAUAUCUUUUUGAAGGGAGAAGGUGUUUGUUGCUAAUAUCUCUUUGGUACUGGGAUUUUAGGCAUUCAUGUCUGUUAUGAAUUGUGGAUGUACUGGGCCGUUUUAGUUUGUCCUUCCAUUUUCUCAAGUGUUUUCCAAAUUGCCUAUUUUAUUAAGGACACUGAAGUUUUUAUUAUAUGGAAUUGGAAUUUUAAGAUUCUCUUCUAUCUAGUAAACUUUGUUACCGGCUUUUA